GGCCGCGGUCUCCCGGCAACGCGGACGCGGAGCCCAUGGAGGCGCUGUCGCUGCCCGCGGCGCUGUCGCUGGUGGCGGGCGGCGGCGCGGGGCUCAGCCCGGAGCUGCGGGCGGCGCUGGGCGCCUCGCUGCCGCUGCUGCAGCGCGACUACCGCUUCGAGCGGGUCUGGUUCUGGGGCUGCAUCCAGGGCGUGCGCGGCGCCUACUACAUCGCCCAGGGGCUGGGCCCCGACCGCGCCGCGCCCCGCAGCCGCCUGUACAGCUUGAACUGCUUAGACUGGAGCCUCCUGACGGCAGCCACCGAGGAGAUGCUUGCCCUGGCUGAGGAGGUGAAGGGCCGCUUUCAGGGGGAUCCUUCCUUUGAGUACAGCUUGGCUGAGAUAAACCCAGAAGCUGCUGCAAGACUGGUUCAGAGUGGUAAGGAGCCUGUGAUGAAGGAGGAGGCCCGCCUCAUAGCUACCAUAGAACAGAUAGACAGAGCAGUUGGCAUCGUCCCCCGGGGGGCAUUUGUGAAGACUCCUCUUGGGUCUGUGCAUGAAAACAGACACUUUGAAGGUCUGUCUUUGGUGGAGGCAAAAAAGUUAAGUUCCUAUUUCCAUUUCACUGAGCCGACUAACCUGAAGAAUAAAACCCUGCUGGAAAAGGCUGACCUGGACCCUUCCACCGACUUUCUAAAUUCUCUGGAGCAUGAUAUCCCACAAGGCAAAGGCUCCUGGAGUAUCCAGCUGGAGAAGGGGGGCAGUGUGGUGGUGCUGCGAAGCCUGCUGUGGCUGGGACUCACAUUCUACCAUGUCCCAAUGACCAAGCAAUUCGGCUACGUUUACUUUGGCACUGGUGAGAAGAAUCUCGAUCUGCCCUUCAUGCUGUGACUCUUCUGUCUGGGAGGACUCAAGAACUAGAAAAUAUCUACAUUUUAUACUUAGGAAAUUUUGUUUACUGCUUGUUCUAAUAAAAAUGUGAAACCUCUGCACUUUGA